AUGACGGACUUUUCAGAGCUCACGGAAUUGAUUCUCAGGGAAUUUCACGGCCAAAAACUUGAAGAUCUGAAAAACUCCUGGAAAGCUGCGGAUAAAGACAACAAGGGAAUUAGCUGCAGGACAUUUCACAAGCUUUUAGCUAGCCACGCAACUUUACCUCCAACAAUCGGGGACCAACAAGUCAAGUCCUUCAGUUAUCUCCUCACAAACGGUGUUCGCCAAUUUCUUCAUUUUUCCGACCUCGCCGGUUUCAUAAAAUCACGAACUGUCGAACUUGGAAUGCCACGAUGGCUGAAACGGGAUCACACUUUUAUCAUUUCGGACGAAGAUUCGUGGACGAAAGAUCGAGCGCUUUCUUUUUUGAGCAGAAAUUGGGGGAAAUUCAGAGAGCUGCUCGAGAAUGAAUUUGUGGAUGAAGUGAUAGAGAAAAGUUCGCUGAGAAAGUUUUUGUUGGAGAAAUUUGGGAUCUAUUUCGGUGACAAAGAUUUCGAUGAGCUUUGGGAUUUCUUGAGCGAUGGGCAGCGAAUUUCGAGGACAAAUAUCGUCUGGAAAAAGCUAAGCAACCAUAUCAACCCGGGCUCAACUUGUACCUCGAUUGAUCUUGAGACGAGGGGGCAGAGUUCUCCUGAAGAGGUUGCAUCGAAAAUCAUCACAGAAUUGGCUUUAGCAGAUCAAAUGCUUGUUCGAAGAAUUUUUCACGGUUUUGACAAGUUGAAGCGAGGAAAACUUGAUUCAAGAAGAUUUCAUCUGGCGCUUCAGAAACUUGGGAUAAAAUUGAAAAUGAAGGAGCAGCGACUUUUAUCACAGUCUGAGGUAUUUGAAAAGGAUGAAAAAACCGUCCUCAUCGAAAAACUACUCGCUCGUGUUUCAGCUCUGAAUCUUAUCUCCUGCAAAAGAUAG